AUGCAGAGCAAAGCUGUCUUCCUCGCUGCCAUCCUGGCUUGCGGCACCGCGUCAUUGUUCUCCGACAAGGGGAGCAAACGUGUCGGUGAUGGCCUGAAGCUAAUACCACGGGAUUCAAAGUCGAACAGCCAAACUCGCAGUCCCCUUCCCAUCCAGAACAUCCUAGCCUUUCCAAACUUCCCUGCUGAGCUUCGAAAGAGGGCACCGAACACGGACAAGGGGUGCUUCGCCAUCAGUGGCGAGUACUGUGAAGACUCAAUCAACUUCCUUGCCUGCGCUGCGGAUGCAGACUCCGGGGAGUGUGUCCUUGGUGCGCAGUGUGUCAUCACCUUUGAGGACUGUCUGCCUGAGAUCGAAUUGCAGGCUCGCCAGGACGGCGGCGGUUCACCCUUCGACCCUGAGCUCUAUCUCCGAUCACCAAACAACGCGGAUUCCAAGUUUAGCAUUGAGUUGAAGCAGCCCGCCAUGUUCGGCUCAAACGCCGUUGAUGAACAUCAUCUCCAGGCCCGACAAGACGCAAGGAUCAGUGAUGAGAUCCAGGCUGCCAUGCCGGCCGAAGUCAAGGACGCCAUGCUCAACGAUCCUGAUGCUGCCGAGUCUCUGGCCAAUGAAUUCUCUGGCGGUUCGGUGCCGCAGUGGUAUGCCCGACUGCCUGCAAGCGUUACCAAUUAUUAUGCCACCAUUACCCCUCCGCCCACCAUGACCGGUUAUGCCAUCAAUGAACCAACAAAUGACCCAGAAAGACAAAGCCUUGACAGCUGGGUAGCAUCUAUUCAGGGUUACAAGGAUCUCAUCGCUUCCGUCUCUCGAGCCGCCGCUUCGGAGUCAGACUCCGCCAGAAGAAUGUCCAGGGCUGCCUCGGAGAAGUCCAAGUGGGCAAGCGAAGAGAGGGAUGGACAAUUGCAGACCAGCGCCUGGGAGCAAUCAAGGCUGGCUGUAUCAAUGUCUCGCCAUGCUGCAGUUGAAUCAAGCUACGCUGCAUCGGCGUCUCGAACCGCGUAUGGGAAAAACGCUCAGACCGGACAAGGAAGUGGUACGACCACCAGCGACGUGAGACUGGCACUAGGAUCGAGCAUUGUUGGUGCGGUAGUGUGCCUUGGGUUGGCCUUUGGUCUGUAA